AUGUCGACGACAACUACAAGCACUCGCAACUGCGAACCUUAUGACAGCCACACCGACACCGACGACGAUUGGUGCUCCGGCAUCAAGAAGCCCGCACAUCACAAGAACCCCAUCACCGGCGGCUCGUGGACCGUCGUGACCCUCCAGAGCGCCCGAGACGACUGCGUACAUGACAUGGACCGCUCCGACGUCGAGCUCACCCCCAAGGAACGCCUUCAGAUCAUCGCCGGCGCCUCGGUCAGGCUAGCAGUGGCACCGAUGCAGGGGCUGAUGGCCCGGAGCAGACGGCACGGGGACUGGACGUCCUUCACCAUCACCAGCACCGCCACGAGCCAGCGGAAGUGCCAAGUCGAGCGUUUUUGA